AUGGCUUGGCUAAGGUUAUACUUUCACAACUAUUGUGCAUUUAACGCUUACUUGGCAAGGCUCUAUACCAAUUUUCUUGGAAAAGAUGCCCAAUGGUGUCAAAAUGUAGCUGAAGGAGCGUUAUUUGAGAUCUUUGGCCUCUGCCACAUUCUAAGUAGUAGUGAAUAA